UUUAUAUUUUUACCUAUUUAUGAAUUUGUGAUCCGGAAAAGCUGGAAUGGCGGAUUUGCUCGUCCGCUAUCGAGAGCUCGUGAAAGCGAACCCUUCACUGGCCAGCGAACUCGAAACCGUUCUCCGGUGGAUAUCCUAUUUCUCAGCAGGGCGCUUCGGGAAAUCAGCUGUUGUCGCCGAGCUACUCUACUCCGCAUCGAGCCUGCUGACACUCGCCAACGACCUCAUCCUAAGACAUGCCGCCAACGUCCCAGUACACCUGGACCGCGCCGUGGAGAAACUCCAGUCAUGCCUGGCAGUCGUGGAAUACUUGGAGGUCUUCAUGGAGCUCGCUGCCCUUCACCUCCGCGGCGACACCGCGCGCUGGGUUGCUGUGGGGCUCGUGCAGAUCAUCAAGGCUGGCCUCAGGCUCGUGCUCUUGUUGCGUCACGGUCAGGGACUGCAGUGUUCGCCUGCGGUAGCACCCCUCGACCGGAGAAGGCAGCUGCAGCCUGCUCAGGGAACUUCCGGCGGGCCCUCUACUCCCGCUGCCGAGCCGAGCUAUUCACUAAGGCACAGCGGUCGCAUCGUUAGGACCCUCGCCGGAGCGCCGCCAGCAUCGAGGAGGCAGUGGAAGCCUCCCGGCGCCCAGACGGAAGUUCUUGAACGGACUUCGCCAACGCCACUGCAAGGACCGGAACUGGCAGCCGAGCUGGCACACGUGCUGCGACCCGUGGCGCACCUGUCGGCCCUCGGCAUCUUUGGCCGCGCUUCUUGGGGCCCUUGGGCCCUGGCGGCAGCCUUGGACUUGGCGAGCCUGCAGGUGCUGGCCAGGGCACGGCCGUCCCUGCAACCCCGCGAGCGGGUGGAGCUGAGCCGCCGGUUCCUCCACCUCGUGCUCUACCUCGUGAGGUCGCCGUUCUACAAGCGCGUCACCGAGCGUCCGCUGUUGAGCCUGCUUCGGGGCGCCGGGGAGAGCGUUCCUUUCUUGGGCCUGGUCACUCGGCCGUUGGCAGAGUACUUGCCAGAAUGGCAGGAUACGUACUGCCACAACUGGAGCUCCUAACCAUUCCAAUCAAGAUCCACAAUCUGCAUUUCCUCGCCGACUUUGAGGUGCAAAGUUCUGUGGGUCGUUGUCCACCCAGUGAAGCUCAAGGUUGGCGUUUACCUCCCAGUUUUAGAUAUCCAGGUGAAGGCCAUCAUACCGUUUACACUGGGCAUGAAAAUGUUUUGUUACAAAAAAUAAAAUGAUAAAAAGCACGUUCAAUUUUGGCACUGGAUGCCAUAAA